AUGGCGCAACGUCGCGCACCUCCUUCGCUGCGGUUCGCUCUCCUGCUGCUUCUGUUCUGGCCGCCGUGCCACGAGGCGUGCCGGGGCCUUGCCCAAUACCGGGUCACUCUGGCCACUGCCUGGACUGCCAGUCGUUUCCCCAAGCAGUACCCGCAGUGGCGGCCACCCGCCCAGUGGUCGCAGCUCUUCGGCGUGAGCCACAACGCCAGCGUGCACGUUUGGCGUGAGGGCCGUUUGGCUGGCGAGGGCUUGCGCCAGUUUGCCGAACACGGGCACGUGGGCCGGCUGAGCAGCCAGCUGGCGCAGGGUUUCGGCGGCGUGCUGGACGUUUUCCAUGGGCCAGCCAUCGCCAAGGGCAGCGGAGCAUCCAGCGCCGCCUUCUUCGCCGAUGCACGCCACUCCAAGGUGACGGCCAUGUCGCGUCUAGUUCCCAGCCCGGACUGGUUCGUGGGCGUUGACGGAAUCGAGCUGUGCGAGGGCGGCCGCUGGCGCGAUUUGUUGCUUGUCGACGCGCAGCUACUAGACGCCGGCACCGACCAGGGUCUGACAUUCACAGCACCGCGCUGGCCCUCCCAGCCGCCUGAGAACGUCACGCGCAUUACGGCCCGCUCGCCGAGCCACCCGGGAUCCGCGUUCCACUACACGCACCUCGAGAAGCUGCCUCGCAUCGGCGUGUUCCAGUUCCGCAAACUGCACGAGUACGCCUCGCACGGGGACGCCUCGGCCGACCAGCCGCACGGUGAAUGGGUGACUGCGGAGCCGACGGCAUCGGACGUCGUAAUGCCCAGCACUGCACCUUCCGCGGAACCCAGCAGUACCACGAGCAAACCACCGACGGAAAACGGCUCGUGCCAAGUGUCAGCAUGGUCAGCGUGGUCGGCUUGCAGCCAGACGUGUGGCCUGGGCCAGUCGCGGCGUCAUCGGCGGAUCCUGCGCUAUCCGUCCAAAGGCGCCGUUCCCUGCCCGCCGCUGCACGAGCUGCGUUGGUGUGGAAGCGCCAGGACCUGCAGGAUGCCGAACACCUACUUCCGAUGGAGCCGCUGAACCCCGACCAUGCACGGUGCUCGGCGGAAACGCGCCUUCAAUCCGGCAUGGCUGGCAGCUUUACCUUUGGUCGAUCUCACCCCUCAGGAGAGAGAGACAGUGAUACCGAACCCUAUGUACCCUUCAAGUCGUCUACACCCUCGUCUCAGGUGUGCUGGAUGCAUCACUUGUCCAGCACGUGCACUAUAUACUGCGGGACUGUCCGAAACGAAACAAUUCCUGAUCGCGCUCCUCGCCCUCCACGGAGUUGCCAAACAGCUGCACAGUAAGAAAUAGUACAACAGAUCACCUAACGGACGGCAAUUCGUGACAUGCCACGGAGAAAAUCUAAGCGCUGGUCCACCGUCAGAGUAGAUGCAUGCAAUCUUCACACGUUUUGGAUAAGCGCGGCUAUUGGGCGUGCGCGCAUUUUUAGUUUAGCUUUUAGGGGCGAAGCACCCGUCCAUCCGUUUGGCGUCCGUGUCCGUGCUUACACAGCACCGUGUAAAAUCGAAACAUAAGGUUUAACAGUAGACUAAUAUCAAUAAUAAUUAUGAUAGAACAAUAUAAAACACAUGCAAGCACAAACCCUUUAUACUAGUCGGCGACUUCAACGUAGACAUUAUGGACCUUAGGACCUAGCUUUGUCGUAGACUCUUUAUGUUACUUUAUGUCACUCAAUUUACAUUAUUUGGGGCAACGCUCGGGUAAUGUACGGCUACUCACCCAUACGAUACCCACAGCUUCGCCCACUCGUCAUGAUUCACUUCGUGGAGAUGCGUGUUUUCUGGUUUAGCUUUGACACUUUGUUAACACUUCAGCGUAGUUGUGAACAGCGAACAUUGUCAACAUAUUCUGGAUAAUCGAAGUACAGCCCUCUCAUGUGACGUCACAUAUGAAAGGCCACGCUCCAAGUAUCAACCGUGCUUUGCAAAAAUGAUGUAAUCUUCAACCGUUUAAAUGUAGGGACUGAAGGUUUGGCAUUUCGGCGCUGCUUAAACUAUAGGGAGAAUGCAUGGCUUCGGUAUAUAGGAGGAGUACUGACACAGACGUACGUGAAUUGCCCCUCUGCCUGUAAUCCCCUGCCCUAGUUCAGAUUUCACAAGUGUGCUUCUUUACACUGCACUAUUACCCAACUAACGGCGGCACCGGUCAGCCACGGUUCAAACGAAGUGCCAGCAGCACAUGCAGGCUUGUAGCUUUAGGGUUUCCGGGCUUUCCAGGUCGCAGAAAAUUUGGCUUAUAAACUAUGAAAAUGGUCAAUUUAGCCCUAAAGUCAGCGGAAGCCGCGGUUUUUUGCUUCACAUUUCGGGUAGUAAUUGUUAGUUUUUUUUUCCUACAUCAAAGCACGCGCGUUCACAAAAAGGUAGAAUAAGUGAUUUGGUAUCGCAAUGGAACAACAAAGAAGCGUUGCGCCUUCGGACGGCAGCGCGCGUGUGCACACAAUCGAACGGCGAAGUCUACUUCGCCGCAUAACACAGUCGUGUAUGGUGAAGCCAGCUUGCCGUCAACCUCCAGUGCUGAUUGAUGCGGCGGACAUCUUCCAUAUAUCGCAUGACAAGCACUUUGGAUAUACUUCAUACAUUAUGCUAAUGCAUGUAACUACGUUUAACGCACGCAGCUGGAACCAUAUUCUCAGUUGAUUACCUUCGGUGAUUAAUUUAAU